UUACGUCACUCGAGCGCCUGCUAGAGGAAGAGACGGCGGUGGUGUCGAAGGGGCCAUGUUUUUUACCCCAUUAAUAGCAGACUGUUAGUUAAAUAUAGGAAUAUUUUUUACAAGAUCAUCAGCUAGAGUUUAUAUUCUUUAUGUUAUAAGGGAGUAAAUACCGCGCGUGGUAGUUUAAUCGUCAGAAAGAUGUCGGCUCAGGCUCAAAUGAGAGCGCUGCUCGAUCAGUUGAUGGGAACGGCGAGGGACGGUUCAGUGUAUCUUUGCCAGCCUACAUCAAUCUGCACGGGAGUUGCAGAAAAGCCUCAUGUUCAUCGAGCCGAGACGAGUCUCGACAGCGGGUGAAGUUCACGGACGAGCGAGUGUGUAAGUCUCACCUGCUGAACUGCUGUCCACAUGACAUCCUCUCCGGCACGCGUAUGGACCUGGGCGAGUGCUCCAAAAUCCACGACCUGGCCCUGAGGGCGGACUAUGAGAUCGCAUCUAAAGAGAGAGAUCUGUUCUUCGAGUUGGACGCCGUGGAUCACCUGGAGUCGUUCAUCGCCGACUGCGACCGCAGAACCGAACUGGCGAAGAAACGCCUCGCCGAAACGCAGGAAGAGAUCAGCGCUGAGGUCGCUGCCAAGGCGGAGAAGGUGCACGAGCUGAACGAGGAGAUCGGGAAGCUGCUGGCGAAGGCGGAGCAGCUCGGUGCUGAGGGAAACGUGGAUGAAGCGCAGAAGGUGCUACAGGAAGUGGAGAAAGUGCGCACUAAGAAGAAGGAUGCGGAGGAGGAGUACAGGAACUCGAUGCCUGCUUCUAGUUUCCAGCAGCAGAAGCUCCGUGUGUGUGAGGUGUGCUCCGCCUAUCUGGGUCUCCAUGACAAUGACCGUCGCCUUGCCGACCAUUUCGGUGGGAAACUGCACCUGGGCUUCAUCCAGAUCAGAGAAAAGCUGGAGCAGCUAAAGAAAACGGUCCUGGAUAAGCAGGAGCGACGAAACCAGGAGAGACUGAAGCGGAGAGAGGAGAGAGAGCGUGAGGAGAGGAUGAGGAAGAGGACCAGAUCACGCAGCCGGGAGCGCAGGAGGUCUCGUUCUCGUGAUCGCGAGCGUGAGAGAGAGAGGAGACGGCGGAGAUCUCGCUCGUCCUCGAAAGAGAGACGCAAAUCAAGAUCUCGGUCCAGAGACAGAGAGAGACGCAGGAGACACCGAUCACGCUCCAGAUCUCAAUCACGCCCUCGCAGAGAGCACUCGCACAGGUCAUCCCGGGACCGUCUUAACGGGAGGGCGGAGUCUCGUCGCUCCGGAGACAGAGAGUCCGGAGAGCUCUGAGGGCCAUUACCCACAAUCCCCUCUGGCACAGUUACCAUGGGAACUACUGUGUCACUUGGCUAUGCGUACAUCCUUCUACCCUCUCACACCCUGACCCCCCCCAGCUUUUACGUUUCGUUUUUAUGUACCGAUACACAGACAAGUGCAGUGUUGAGUCACUGCUCUUUAUUCCACUCAGUCCUGUCAGUGGGAAUGAUCAGCACUGCCUUUACACCAUGUUUGCUGUGCCCCAGUGCAUUAUGGUCUUUGUAGUGUUUACACUCUGAGUCUGGGGAGAAACUGCUUUGACUGAAUUCGACCUGUUAGAGGUUUAGUGUGGACCUGUCCUUCUCUGUGUGUGUGUGUGUGUGUGGCAGCCUGAUUCCCCAAACAGAUGACUGAGAUUAAUGCCCCACACUCCUGCCGGAGCUGAAGGUUAGACAUCAGUGUGAUGAACUGAAUAAUAUAGGACUCAUAACUGUGUAUAAUUCUUCUCCUUAUUCCGCUUCCUGUUCUUUUAUAAUCUCCCUCUGAUUUGUCUCGUCCCUCCCUGAUGCAUUAUUAAACGGAUUUUAUCAACA